CCUGGCAAACCCUAAGCAGAUCAAAAUUAAAUUGACGGAACACACCUUUAAUUGAAUUCUCUCUAUAUAUAUCCCUGUAAAUAACUUCCUUUCUUUCUACACCAUAUUUUCUUCCUUCAAGUCGCAGUCUCUCUUCCUUUCUACAAUUCUGCUCUCUCAUCAGGAUCUACUUGAAGCGUUGUGGGAUUUGAAAGUGAGUUCAGUAGUAUUUUCCAGGGAUUGAUGUUGGAAUAUAUCUAGUAAGGUAGCAAGAAGAACAUAUCGUGUGCAAAAUUUUGGACUCAUGCCUGUAUCAGGAAAUGAAGAGACCGGGGUCAAACCCGUCUCCUGGAAGUCUAGUGAUUAUAUUGCAGAUAUUCCUAUCAAGAAAAGGAGGUUUCCUCUAAUGCAGCCUCCUCCUCCUCCACCGGAAGAAUCAUCUUCAUCUUCAUCUCCACUAGAAACUGAUUCUAAUCAAAAUGGACAAUCGAGAAUAUGUGAGGGGACUUCUGUUUCAAAUGUUAGUGUUCCUGCAAGUAGAGCUGGCUUAUCUGAUGAGAAAGAGGGGAAGUCUGAUAUGGAAGUGACACACACCAAUGUUGGCCUUGCUGCAGCUUCAUCUGAUAUGUCUGGUGGGAACAAGAAUUCAGUAUUCGAGGAGGAAAAACAAAACAUUGAUGAUGAAAAUGGUAAAACAUUUGAUACGGAUAUCAAGGAGAAGGUUGUGCCUGCUGACAAAGCUGAUAAUAUCAUGAGUAUUGCAGAGAAAACUGAGCUGAAAUUAGAACCUAAUGAAGCUCUUGCUGUAAAUGUUGGGAAAGAGACACAUGACCAGCAUACGGGGAAAGGGAAGAGUAUAUCAGAAAGAUCUCUGAUAUUUGGGAAUGCAGAAUUGUCAUUAGGUUUAAAUAAUGAUAAUCCUUCUAGUGUGGUGGGUCAGAGUGAAGAAGGAAGUCAGAGUACUCCAGAGGACUUGGAACCUAUUUCAUUGAAUCUGUUUUUAAGCAAAGGGGAAAGCAGUAAAGGUGAUUCCAUUCAGUCAUAUAGGAAAGGCCCUAAUUUGCAUGCUAAUAGAUCAAAUUGGGAUUUGAACACUACUAUGGAUUCGUGGGGAAACUCUGUGGGUGGUGCAGCCAAAGGUCAACUAACUUCUGAUAUAUUGAGUACAGGUGACGGGGGUCUUGUUAAAAAGCCUUUUAUAUGCUCACCCAUGGUUGUUCCUGGUGAUGCAACUGAAAAGAAGAUCCUCGUAGAUAGUGAACACAGAUCUAGCUUUGCUAAAUCCUCAACAUUGUCUGGCGACUCUGGCCAGAAGUAUUUUCCGGAAGAUUCUCUUAACUUACGUCUAAGUCCAUCUUGUAUACCUUUUAAUUUGAGUCGAGAACCUUCGUGUUCAUCUGUAGAAGUUGAUUCUGGCAGGGUUCUUCCUAACAUUAGCAUGCUUAGAGGUUUGUCAGUUAGCAAUCUGAACAUGAUUAAUAGAAGUUGUGUUAAAACAGAACCAUCUGAAGAUAGUAUCAAACAUGGUCUUGCAGGAGCAAAAACUUAUCUUAUGGAGGUUAAGUCUGAAUUGAAUGAGAAGGUCAGUCCAGAAGUGCUCAAGUCGUCAAAUAGUUGCACCCUUAAACUGGUUGAUCCAAGGUCAAUAAAAUCUGAGCCAUUUCUUAAUGCAGAAACAAUGGAGACAUUGAAGCAACCACUUGACCACUCUAACAAAGUGGUGCUACAAGCUCAGGAAGUGGGAAAACCUGCUUGCUCGACAAGUUUUUCAAUCAGAUGUGGAAAAUCAGAUGUUUUAGAACAUUCCGUGCAGGAUAAAGGUGCAGAGGUUAGUGAGGAGGUACCUAAGAAAGCCUGUGAAGGACAUGAGCAAGUUGCUUCAGAAAUUAUUUCAGGACCUGCUGGUUCCAUUGGCAAUGAACAAAAUGUUGUUACUACAGCAGACAAGACAUUGAAGCGACCACUGGACCACUCUAAUAAAAUAGUGCUACAAGCUCAGGAUGUGGAAAAAAAACCUGCUUGCUCGACCAAUUUUUCAAUCAGAUGUGGCAAAUCAGAUGUUUUAGAUCAUUCCAUGCAGGACAAAGGUGCAGAGGUUGGUGAGGUGUUACCCAAGAAAGCCUAUGAAGGACAUGCGCAAGUUGCUUCAGAAAUUAUUUCAGGACCUGCUGGUCCCACUGGCAAUGAACAAAAUGUUAUUACUACAGCAGACACUGAAAUGACUACAGCUAAAAAUGUUGAUAACCCUGAGCAGUUCAGAUUACAAUUAACAGAUGAAUUCUGCCAAGAAUUUUGUGCUAAUGGUGGGGGUUGUGUGAGUGACGAGGAAAAGAUUAAUAUCCCUGGAGACAUGUUGGAAGAAGAUUCUUAUGGUUCUGACUGUGAGUCUGAUGGCAAUCAUGAUUUAAAUGUGUCUUUGAUUACAGAGCAAAAUCACGAAGAAGAGGACUAUGAAGAUGGUGAGGUUCGAGAACAGCUAGUGGACGCUGCCAAAGAAGGUCCUACAUAUGAGAAAACAGAAGAAAAAUUUAUUGCAACUAAUUUGAAUGAUAAAAUAACUAACUAUGCAGGACUUCCUGGAUAUGGUGAUCCUUGUUCUUCCCAUUUUGGCAACAAUGACGCUAAAAUUGAAGAUGCUGGUGAAACAAAUGAUGAUACUUUUGUAGAUCGUGUUGACACAGCUCACGAUGGGAGUACUGAUAAAGCUGCUGAUCAGGAUGGUUGUUUACAAGAAUUCUCGACAAUUGGGGUGCCAACCACUGAGCAUGAGAGGAAGACGCCAGUCCAGGCAGUUCAGAAAGAAUUACUUGAUAUUUCAGAAGGGAGAGUUGCUGAAGAGAUUCAGGAACCAAAAAAACAAUCUGAUCAAGGCAUUGAUGGAAGCCAAGGGACUUUGGAUACUGUUCCUCAGGCUUCAGAUGACAAUAUUGAGAAAAGCAUUAUGGUAGAGAACACUGAAACGGCAUUGUGCAAAAGGGAAUCAUCUUUAGAUGGUGAUAAUGCAGGUAAGGGUAUUGAUGGCGGAGGUAAUCGAAGCCGGAUCAUCAACCUGGCUCGCUCGUCUAAUGUGUCCCCUCCUGGUAAUUCAAGAUAUAUGCCAGGCAAGCUUUUAUCCACGCAACCUGGAAGGGAAAGAUUGACUGAUAUAGCACUUGAGCGGGAUAAUAUACAUCCUCAAGGGAGAGAUGAAAGUUGCAACAUUUCGUCCCUCAAAUUCACGAGGGAGAGGCAUCAAGAUCAGCUAUCCAGGAACUCUAGAUUUAAUUAUGGCCGCGGUAGAGGGUGGGUUUCCAGUCGUGGUAGAGGGAGGGUUUCUGGUCGUGGAGACUCUCUAAAUGAUGAUUGGGAAACUGAACGUGAUUUUGACCCAGGGUAUUAUAAUGGUCCAACAGAGUUUCAUUUACCCAGACAUAAAUAUGCAUCUGGCAUGGCUGAAGCUGAAAUUGGGUGUGAUAAUUAUAAAGGGAGGAAACUACUCAAUGAUGAGUCACCAACUUUUCGCCGUGGACUGUCGAUUAGGCGGCCUCCUGGAGGUAGAAAUGGGCCUGCACGUAGCCUUCAGAUGAUCCAUAGAGUUCCACGAAACAUCAGCCCAAGUCGAUGUAUGGGUGAUGAUGGUUCAGAAGUGGUUGGGUUACGGAAUGGUGAGAAGUUUGUGAGGGGUUUUCCUGAUGAUGGUACAGACCAUGAACUUGCCCGUACCCAACAGCCAUAUGAUGGAGAUGGCAAUUUUUUCAGAGGGAAUAGGAACUUUUCAUCUGCACAUAGAAGAGGGGGUUUCUCCCGAAUUCGUUCAAAAUCUCCCAUCAGAUCUCGCUCACCUGGUUCAUGGUCAUCCCCAAGGAGGAGAUCUCCUGAUGGGUUUGGUGGACGACCAGACUUGCCUCAUCGAAGAUCAGGGGAAAUUUACAGGAUGGGUAGGAUGAGAUCACCUGAUCCUCCUUGUUACCCUGGAGAAAUGUUGAUGCGAAGGCAUGGUUCCCCUCUGUACACUUCUCGUCCAUCUAAUUAUUUGAGGGAAGUGGAUUCUAGGCGUGAUCAUGGUCAACCUAGAUCUGUCAUCCCUAGUAGGAGCACAGCUGGCCGUGUCGUACUCAGAAACAAUCGGAGGUUUGAUAUUGCAGACCCUCGCGAAAGGAAUGAUGGCGAUGAAUUCUUUGCGGGCCCUAUGCAUUCUUCUCGAUUUUCUGAGCUUAGUGGUGAAGCUAGUAGUGAAGAGAGAAGACGAUUUAUUGAGCGACAAGGACCUGUUCGUUCUUUCAGGCCCCCCUAUGAUGGUACUGAUGGUGGAAGUUUCCAUCUCAACACAGAGGAUGGCCCUAGGCCUUUUAGGCUCUGUCCAGAAGAUGAUCCUGAUUUUCACGAGAGAGGCAAUAGAGAAUUUGACAGAAGGAUUACGGUUCGUCCAGGUAAUGUGUCUAGAAGAACAAGAGGCAUUGAAGAUGAGGAAGGAAACUACAGGCAUGGGGGGCAGGUAAUGUAUGAUAAUGGGUUUGAUGAUAUGUCACGGGUGAAGAGAAAAAGAUUUUGAAUUGGUCUAUCUGCAUAUGCCUUAGGCCAGAAGGCAGAAUUUGAUAAUUCAGUUGAGAUGUGGAGCUAACUGGCAGAAGUAGUUUUUUGUAUUCUAUAAGCUAAUGGAAAUUUCAUCUGGGGGAAGGACAUAGCUAGUUGCUGUACAGUUUAGCAGUUCUCAGUCAACUUUGUGGUGAGAAAUAUUAUAUACUAAUUGGACUUGCAACACUAGCUUGGAGCUCGUCCCUUGCAUGAUAUUAUGAGGUUUGUUGCUGCUUCUGAAGUAUGUUUGAGCAAAGUUUUGUUCUCUUGGAUUUUGGUGGUAGAUUGUGUAUGUCAAGUCCCAUUUCGGUGCACUGUUUCUCCUUGAGUUUAGAAACUACUUUUUAUGCUAUAUACUAAUUGCAGUAAUUGACAUUCCUGAGCAGGUUUGCUGAAAGAAACUAGCUGAAGUUUGAACCCGUAUUAUUAAGGGAGCAUAAAUGGAGACGCAUCUCUGCUGAGCUUCUUCGUGUACCAGUUUUUUUCUUUUACAAAUUAUGAAUCCUUCAACUUCCCAUUGAGGUUAGCUUGUAUUUCUCCCUAGACUUGAGAAGAUAAUGGAAACAGUUUCUGGAUCAGCUGAAGUCUCUAUAAAGAAUAGACUGAGAUAAAGAACUUUGCAGUUCUCGGAAUCAUCCAUUGCACCUCUUAUGGUGAUAUCGGAAAUCCAUUGCCCCUUCUUAGGAUGACAUGGGAUGAACUGAGAGAUAAUUUGAGUUUUCAUGUUCUAUCGUGCAGCAAACAUGCUUCUAGGUCAAGUUCAACUAAUUCUGGGUUGGCAAUCGAGGUUUUCUAGUGCUUUGGUCGUUGGUGAUUGUGCGAUAACAUGAAUUAUGAGCUUCAAGUAGAACACUGAAGUCUCACUAGUAGACUGUCCAAUGUUUACUUAAAAUGUUUUGGGAGGAUAGACCUAAGCUGGUCAUUUCACUACAAAGCAUACAGAGAUAUGAUUAGCCGUGGUUGCUUCGGCAUUUUCGGUAGUUUAUUUGUGCUAACAAGUUCGUUUGUAGUUUCUCCAUUUUCUGGAACUUGUUUACUCCCACAUUUGGCUGCUCUUGUCCCUUUUGCAAAUGCUGGUAGUUCUGUACUUAAUAGGUAUUACUUCUGUUAAGGUGGAACUAGGGUGACAGGAGCAGGAGGCCGUGGAAUGAUCCAAAAGAAGGUAGUCAAAAAAUUUUUUGGCCGUUUUAUUCGAUUCCCCUUUAGCCAAAUCAGACUAGUUCUCUCUGUGAAUUUUUGGAGACCUGCUGAAUUGGUUGGUGACAGGAACAAGAGGCCAUGGAGUGAUCCAAAGGAAGGUAGUCAAAAAAAUUUUUCCAGCCGUUUUAUUCUGGUUUCGAUUCACCUUUUAGCCAAAUCAGACUAUUUCUCUCUGUGAAUUGUUGGAGACCUGCUGCAUUGGUUGGUGGCUCUCUGUACACCAUUGGCAUGUUAUAAUUUCUUGGAUUGUGAUUCGACUGAUCGGCAGCUUGAUAAGGGUGGUGGUCGGGGUGGCGUAUGAUUAGUAGCUCUUAUAUGGUAAAGAUGAUAUGCAGCUAUCAAAGCAUAGAAAAUGCACAUGAAUACCAUAUCUACUAGGUGUUGAGACAUUGAGACAGGUGUUGGAUUAAUCGUAUUAAGUAGCACAUGUCGGAUUAA